AUUUUAACUGUAUGAAGACAAGAAAAACUCUUAUAUCCAUUACUCGUCAGAUCUACGGAUGUUGUGAGGGGUACCAAAACGACACUGGCAUAUGUACAAAAAUACCUUGUAACCCUACAAUGUAUGGUGAGAACUGCACACUACCAUGCCCAUGUGUAGUCGGACAGUAUGACAGAUGUGACGCAAAUGGAAGUUGUCUUUGUUUGCCGGGAUGGUUGGGGGAUAGUUGUUCAAAACCCUGUGAAUCAGGAAAAUACGGGGACAAAUGCCAAUUUGAAUGUUCUUGUGAAAAUAACGCUACCUGUAAUCACGUGACCGGAAAUUGUGAAUGCUCCUCGGUGAAUGGAUGGACAGGGGAAAGAUGCCAAGAAGGGUGUCAUGGUGGUUUUUACGGACCCAAUUGUUCACUACCCUGCAACUGUUCACACUUUGAAGAUCCGGUCUGUCAUCCGGUAUCCGGGAAAUGCUCUUGUAGGAGCGGGAAAAGAGGUGAAAGCUGUUCCUUAGAUUGUGAGAUGUAUAAUUUCGGACCAAAUUGUGCCCAUAUAUGUGACUGUAUUAAGAACCAUUCCUUGUAUUGUAACUCUUCAAAUGGGGAUUGUCAAUGUAACACAGGCUGGGUUGGCGAUAAAUGCGAGCAAGGAUGUGAUCCUUUUCAUUAUGGAGAUGAUUGUAGUAAAAAUUGCUUAUGUAGUGCCAAUGAGAUUUGCGACAAUGAAAAUGGAACAUGCUCAUCAGCAAAUAUUUGCUUUUCGGAGUUUUCCUUAAACUGUUUACCAUCCUUCACGCUGACUUGUGAGCAGUUAAAUGACAGUUGUAACGCUAGCGACGACCCUGCACCGUCACUUCAAAAAGACAUGCUGAAUAUAUGCUGUGAGAGUGAAGAUUUUCUGAACACAUCUCUCUGUAUAGCGGAGGUAGAUUGUAAAUGUAGAUCUGGUUAUAGUGGCAAGGCCUGUAAUGAAGACAAAACAGAAGCAGUAGCCGACCAACUAAAGUCUGCAGUAUCGUCAACAGUUGUUGCCACAGUAACUGUAAUUUUGGUUCUUGUAACAGCAGUUAUUGUCGUGAUUGCUGUUUUAUGGCGUAGGAAAGGCGGCAUCCAUAUAAAAACGAAAGACAGCAAAAGUACAAAUAAUCCAGUUUAUGGAAAACCUAUGUUGGGCAACGUUACAGGCCAAGGAUCAAAACAAAGACUACAAGAUAAAAGCCAGUUAGAAAUGAAUAUUCUUAAUCGAGAUGAUGUGAACAAUUACGGAUACGACGUUUCUGCGAGGGAAUCCAGAAAUAAGGAAAACGAAAUCUAUUCCAAAAAACUUGUAAAUGAGAUGUAUGAUCAUCUAGAGAGAAAUAGUUCCAACGGCUUAAACAACAUAGACGAAACAUAUUCUCACGCCCAACAAAAUAGUUCCAACAGCCCAAACAACAUAAACGAAACAUAUUCUCACGCCCAACAAAAUAGUUCCAACUGCCCAAACAACACAGACGAAACAUAUUCUCAUGCUGGGCCGGCGCUUGAAGACGAUAACGAAUAUGAUACAGCCGGAGGAAAUCAUGUACCUUCAGAUUGUGUUUAUGAUCAUACUAGCAAUCAAAAUCAUAUAUACAGCAACCAAUUUACAGAGAACAAGCUCUGAAGAUAGAUAUAUGUUGAAA